CUAGCCGAGGCUUGUAUACGCAAGCACCGUGGGUCGAGAUGGGCAACCGCGACUACAGCCGCCGAGGCCGCCCUCAGCAGCUACGAUACCCUACCCACCCGCAGCCUGCCCGCACUGCUGCGCACCGAACUGAGGGCGGCGUCUACCGCCAGUCAGCCACUUCCAUCGAGCAGAAUAUGGGUCGACAUCGCCGCACCGCAGACCCCCGAGAUAAUCGUUUCGACCAAUAUCCGGUCCGAUAUCCGUCUUCCCAGAAGAACCGCAAGGCAGCUAUUAAUCCAGGGGCACAAGAUAUUAUCGCUCGAGCACAAGUCCGCAACCAAAGCACCACGUCUUCUGUCGACAGCGGCAUCGGUAUUGCUCGCAGCAGCUCCUUACAUGACGAGGAGAUGGGUAAGCUGGGAUCACCCACAGAGUUCAGUGCCUGUUCUGCGCAGGAGGGUUCUGUAGUCACCAACAAACAACUUUACCCUAUUCCUUACUCUGCUUCGGCUGGGUCUGACCUUACCGACAUCGGCUACUUGGGCUCUUCCGAGUCUAGCUCACCCCGCCGUCCUGGCCUCCCUCCGCGCGACAGCUGGUGUCUCGAACCUUCUUUCAGCUCUAGCACUCUUGUCACCUACGGUAGCACUAAGCGCGAUUUCACCAAUGCUGGCAUGUUCCCUCCCCGUAGCAGCUCGCUUACCGAAUUGUCGUCGCAGGGCACAUUCUCCAGCGCCGACCGCAAGUACGAAGUCGAAACCAACUUCUCGUAUCCGUAUAGAACUGCCUACAAGGAACUUAGCCCCAUCUUCGAGCGCUCCAGCGAGGCUCCCUCUUCACCUCAGAAGAUAGCCUAGGGUGACCAAUCUCUAUUUGAUCCUUGAUCAUGCAUGGAACUUUGGAUCACUAUCUUGGUGACGAUCUGGACGUCCGAGGUUCUCGGCUGUUUGGUCAUUUCUUUUUCUUUUUUCUCCCUUUGUGAGCAACUUUGAAUUACUAGCUCAGGUUUGAUGGAACCCCCACCAGACUGU